UGUAGUGGCUUGGUUACACUACAACUUUAACAAUUGGAAAAAAGUUUAAACAUUCCUAUCGUCUCAUAAAACUAAAUAGUUUUACUUGUCUUUCAAUAAUGUUUAUUGUGGCGGUCACUGGUGGCAUUGCCACAGGAAAAAGUACUGUCAGCAAGGUGUUCGCGCGCCAGGGCAUUCCAGUAAUCGACGCUGACAAAAUCGCCAGAGAGAUUGUGGAACCAGGUCAGCCGUGCUGGAGACGGAUACGGGAGAUUUUUGGAGAUGAGGUUCUGCUACCCAGCAAGGAGAUAAACCGCGCCAUUCUGGGAAAGAUGAUAUUCGAGGACAAGGAGCUGCGCGGAAAGCUAAACAAAAUCACACAUCCGACCAUUCACCGCAAGAUCUUUUGGCAGGUGUGCAAACUGCUGGUAACAGGACAUGCGUGGAUAGUCUUGGACCUGCCACUGCUCUUUGAAACCGGUAUUCUAAUGGACUUUAUACACAAGAUCGUUUGUGUGUCUUGCGACUCGGACAAGCAGCUGGAACGACUGAUUGCCCGUAACGAGCUCUCCGAAUCCGAGGCACGACAUCGCGUUGAUUCACAAAUGCCGCUGGAUAAGAAGUGCGAGAAAUCUCACUUCGUCAUCGACAACAACGGUAGCCUGAAGGAGGCGGAAAACUCUGCCAUGAGCAUUUACAAUUUAAUGAGCGACUCCAAGCAGCACUGGGUCAACCGCAUCAGUUUCCUGGGGUUGUUUCUAAUUGUUGGCUUUACAAUAUAUCUGCUGCUGAAGUUGUUUAACCGUGUGCCCGAGUCCUGGCAGAUGUAGUCCGCAAAAAUGUGUUCCAUACGACGUUAUCUUACGUGUUAAUGCAAUUGAAACCAAACCAAACAAUUUAAACGCUUGCUAGUGAAAUAUACAAAAGUCACUUGUA